AUCAUCACCUCUCUCAGUGAUCUGGGACAGGUGGCACAAGCAAAGAUGUUGCUGAAUCAAUGUCACCUUUUAAUGGGGCUGAUGCUAUUGCAUGAAGUGAAGGGAACCAUGGUGAAGCUCAACAAUGGUGGGUUUGAAGACAUUGUUAUUGCAAUUAACCCUGGAUUAUCUGAAGACAAUAAAAUCAUUAAUAGCAUCAAGGAUAUGGUUAAACAAGCCUCAGCCUAUCUCUUCAAUGCUACGAGGCAAAGGUUUUAUUUCAAGACCGUAAAAAUUGUAAUUCCUCAGAACUGGAUGCAUAAACCUGAAUAUAAAAGAGUAACCCGGGAAUCCUAUAAUGAUGCUGAUGUCAUUGUGGCAGAUCCUUUCUUGAAAUAUGGCGAUGAACCCUACACCUUGCAGUAUGGAGGGUGUGGGGAACCAGGACGGUACAUCCAUUUCACGCCUAACUUCCUGACAAAUGACAGUUUGCUCGUUGUUUAUGGACCACGAGGCAGAAUAUUCGUCCAUGAGUGGGCUCAUCUCAGAUGGGGCGUCUUUGAUGAAUAUAAUAAUGAUGCACCUUUCUAUACCACUGGAAAAUAUAAGGCUGAAGCAACAAGAUGCUCAUCGGAAAUCACUGGUCAGUAUGUAUUCCAAACUAAGACGGGGAGUACCAGAAAAUGUAAAAUGCGACAGCAAAACCAUCUCUAUGAAUCUGAAUGUUUGUUCCUUCCAGACAAAGAGCAAACUACUUCCGCAUCUAUAAUGUACAUGCAAGCUCUCCCUUCAGUUACUCAGUUCUGUGACAUGAGUAAUCAUAAUGUCAGAGCACCAAACUUGCAAAACAAAAUUUGCAACUUCAAAAGCACAUGGGAAGUCAUUAUGGACUCGACCGACUUUGCUCACUCUUCUUCAAGAAGUACUCCUCCACCUGAUCCCACAAUCUCCUUGCUUCAAAUGCAGGAAAGGAUUGUGUGUCUUGUACUAGAUGUUUCUGGAAGUAUGUCUGGGAAUAAUCGCAUUGCUCGGCUGAAACAAGCUGCAGAAACAUUCAUCCUACAGAAUAUUGAAGAUGGUUCCUGGGUUGGAAUUGUCACAUUCAAUAAUGCCGCAACAAUUCAGACCGGUUUACAACAAGUUGUCAGUGAUACUGUGCGCAAAACUCUUAAUGGCUAUCUCCCUAUUAGUGCAAAUGGAGGAACUAAUAUAUGUGCUGGAGUACAAAAAGGAUUUCAGGUAUUUUCAAGUAAAUAUGCAAGUACAGAAGGCUGUGAAAUCGUGCUUUUGACUGAUGGAGAAGAUUCAGGUCUAAGCUCUUGCUUUGCUGAAGUUCAAAGAAGUGGAUCUGUAAUCCACACCAUUGCUUUGGGACCAAGUGCUGCAAAAGAACUAGAAAUGUUGGCAGACAUGACAGGAGGUUUGAAAUUUUCUGCCACUGACAGUGUGGAUUCCAGCAGCCUUGAAGAUGCUUUCAGUGGGAUUUCAUCAGGAAGCCGGAGUAUCAGCCUACAAAGUCUUCAGAUUGAAAGUAAAGGACAAAGUAUUGGUCCCAAGAGCUGGAUGUAUGGCACUGUAUCCAUAGAUAAAACUGUGGGAAAUGACACCUUCUUUGCCAUUACAUGGAGUGUGAGCAUGCAUCCACCAGGAAUUCAUCUGACAGAUCCUAGAGGAAAAAAUUACACUACUGCAGAUUUUGUAGUUGAGAACUCCAACCUUAAAACAGCUCGGCUUAAGAUUCCUGGAACUGCAGAGGCAGGAGAUUGGAGUUAUUCAAUUCAGAAUACUGAGUCAGCAGCUCAAGUCCUUUCAAUAACAGUCACCAGCCGAGCAGCAUCUGCCACUGUGCCGCCAAUAACUGUGAAGUCCUAUAUGAGCAGAGAUACUAACAAGUUUCCUAAUCCCACCAUCAUUUAUGCUGAAGUCACCCAAGGAUUUUCACCUGUUAUUGGUGUAAAAGUUAUCGCAAAGAUUGAAUCAGCAUCUGGAAAAACUACAGAGAUAGAACUCCUUGACAAUGGCUCUGGUGCUGAUAUUCUCAGACAUGAUGGAAUCUAUUCAAGGUAUUUCACAGCUUUCAAAGAAAAUGGUAGACACAACAUCAAAGUGAGCAUCCAGGGGAAAGACAAGACUGCCAAGCGGACUCGCAGACACAGUCAUACUCUCUACAUACCGGGUUAUAUAGAAGAUGGCAAAAUAAAAAUGAAUCCACCAAAACCUGAACCUAAUGUGAAUGAAACCCAAGGAAACAUGGAUAAUUUCAGCAGGAUUGCAUCAGGGGGUUCUUUUCUAAUGACAGACGUUCCAGCUGGAUAUAUCCCAGAUGUCUUUCCUCCUUGUAAAAUCACUGACCUUAGGGUUGAACUUACUGAGGAAGAUGAAUUUCAUUUUUUCUGGACAGCUCCUGGGAAUGAUUUUGAUGUAGGAAAAGCUGAAAGAUAUGAGAUAAAAACGAGCAUCAAUCCUUUGGAACUAAGGCAGGUGACUUUUCAUCAUGCCACAUCUCUGAAUACAUCUGCCCUGAUACCUGAGGUUGCUGGGAUCAAACAAUCUUUUCAGUAUAAGGCAGAAAACUUCACAAAAGAAAAUGGCACCUCCAUUUACUUUGCCAUUCGUGCCAUCGAUGACAGCAACAAUAUUGGAGAAGUAUCUAAUAUCGCAAUGGCAACUGUGCUUUUUCCCCAGUUGCUUGAACCCCCCUCUAAUAAUGAAUACAACAAAAUAGUCACCAUUGUUGUAAUAACAAUAUGUUCUUUCACUGUUGUCUGUGCUAUUAUAAGUAUAAUCAUUUGUGUUUUAAAGAAGAGAAAAAUGGGGGAUCCUAAAAUUCUUGAGACUGCAUAACCUUUCAGGAAAUAGGAAUCUGAAACUACAUAGUGAGGAAAGUGGGUGUGAUUUAGACUAACUUGACUGUAAAUCAUGACUAACUUGUCCAACUGAUUUUAAUUAGAUUCAUUUUCAAGUAACUUGGUGCCCCUACACUAUAGAAUAAAUGCAGUUUGAUACCUCUUUAAUUCCAUGGCUCAAUGCUAUGGAAUAAUGAGAGUUGUAGUUUUACAGGGUCAACACUUUUCUCUGCUAAGGAAGAGGAAAGGAACACCAGUGUGUUACCAAGCUACAAAUUCCAAAAUUCAAUAGCAUUAAGCCAUGGCAAUCAAAAUAGUGUCAAACUGUAUUGGUUCUACAGUAUAGAGCCAAGCUUGUUCUGGAUCCAGCUCAAUGACAAUAUUUCAAUACAUAAAGCAAUAAAUCACUUAUCUCUAUAACUAGUAUGAAUCUUGGGGUUUUCAAAAGUUCUAGGAUAAUUACCCAAAGUUGUACUAAUUGUAACUUUCUUAGUUGAUCAUAGGUCCCUUCCAUGCGGCGGUAUACAAUCCACAUUAAAUUGGAAUAUAUGGCAGUGUGGACUCAGAUAACCCAGCUAAAAGCAGAUAUUAUCGAUUAUCUGCCGUGAUAUUCUGGAUUAUAUGGCUGUGACGAAGGGCUCAUAGAAAUAUGAUCUUUUCUGCCCAGUAAAUAAGAAAGACAACUGCUAUUUUAUUUAAACCAGCAUUCUCUACCUCUGUUAUCCAAAACAUGAUCAAGCUGUUGUUAUGAAAAGUUGAUCAGUCUUUCCCAGAAUGUGCAAUUGCAAAGAACAUUAAUUUCUUCUAAGCAAACAGUCAUGGUGUGACAACUAGUUGCAGCAAGCCCAGGGUAGCAUUGAAGCAUGACUAUUUGUGUCUCCUGCAAUGCAAAAGAAAUUCCAUUGCAGAUGUGUGCUUCAGACUAUUACAGACAGUCCCUGAGUUACAAAUAUCUGACUUACAAACAACCCAUAGUUAAGAAUGGAGGUGAGACAAUAGAUUUCUGUCACAGAAAUCUACUUCUAGUAAGAGAAAUUGACUCCUAAAAGAGUUAUUGUGGGGAAAAGGUGUCUCCACUGAAGCUUUAUCAAUAAUCCUUGUUUCCACAACAAGCCAAACUUUUCAAAAUCCAGUUAUCACAGGGACACAAAAGGGACACAGUGAGGCGAAGUCUUCUGAGCAGGGGCACAGAAAAGGCAGCAAAACAAACACCACAGGGUUGUUAGCCCUUCCUUAUGCUAUCCAAAACUAAAAGAUAUAUAUUUUUGCUGGAGUUACACAUUUAACAAGUAACUGUUCAAUACAAAUUCAACUUUAGAACAUAUCUACAGAACCUAUCUUGUUCGUAACUUGGGGAUUGCCUGUAAUAAAUGCUAAAUGCAAAUAAUCCUUGAAAACUGUAGUUUUAUUGAAAAUUUCAAACCAACAAUCCAGAUCUGAAUGUAUGUGUAUAUAUAUACACUCUGUGUGUGUGUACUCGUAUAUGUGAUGUUUGUUCUAAAAAUAAAAAUAAAAUACAUGAAAAUUC